GGAAGGAAGAUAACUUGUUAAGCAAAGCUUAUAGAACAAUUUAGUAAUUUAAACAAAUGUCAAGGGUUAUAUAUGCUUAGACAAACCAAAUUAAAAAUACAAGGGGCUUCUACAAUUCCCAGAAAACAAAAAAACCCGCAACUUUUCUUUUCCUUGUUGUGAUCACCCUAACUAAGCUCCUUAAAAUCCUGCAAUUCUUUCAAUUCUUUGGCCAAAUCUUAAACGUGUUUGUGUUUCAAUCAUCUUUUUCUUAGCGAAUCACAACUGCCCUUUUCUUUCUUCUUUUCUUUCUUAAUUUUUCAAAUUUCAAGAUUGUCGUUUCUUGCAUUGUUUCUUUUUUUGAAUGUUUAAACCCCGUUUGGCUUUCUUUUCUUGUUAAACGAAUAUUUGUGUUUUUGUUGUUUUUGGAAGAUUUUGGCCUUUCAGAUUUGAUUAUGAGCAACAGGAGGAGACACAAGGGUGAAAUUCAUUAUCAAGAGUUUGAGGGGACAAGAUCACACCAUAGAAAACCUACUCAAGGUAGUUGGCAACCUACGAUACCAUCAUGGGAGAAAAGAUUUUGCUAUUCAGUUGGUUUGGUUCCAUGGCGCAAGCUAUUGGAAACCAAAAAGUCUAUGUACCUCUAUGAGAAUGUUGUUCAAUGGAAUGACUCUGCUGGCGAGGAGGCAUUUCACAAUGCUAAAAAUCGGUUCUGGGCAAAGAUUAAUGGCCUUCCUUGUGACAUAUCAUUGCCUGAUCCUGAUAUUUAUAUUGAUGAAGUUGAUUGGAAUUCAAACAUUGACCCUGAAUUAUAUUUGGAUUUGGAGCGAGAACCCAAAUAUCCUGAUGAGAAAGAUAAAGGGGAGGAAGUAGUGAUUUUUGGUAGUUCUCUCCUCCCGAAUCAGUCAUUCUCGUGUAUUGGAUGGGGCGAAGCUGAAGAGGAGUUGCAAAAGGUAGGUGCUGUAGCUCUGGAUUCUAGAUACCAAUAUUGUGUCCGAAAUCGCAAUAAUGAGAACAUUUCUCAAGCUAAUGGAGCUGUUGUAGAUAAUGAGUGGGAAAAUUGUUGGAAUGAUUCUUAUGAAAGGAAAAAUAAUCAUAAUGAGUUGGACAACAGUUAUAAUAGUUGGAAGAGUGUAGAUGAUAGAAGUGGUGGAAACUGGGAACCAUGGGGUGGAAAUACUAGGAAAAGAGAGGGUGCUGGCUGGCACAUGUCCAGAUAUAAGACCACGAGGUUCCACGGAGAUGACUACCAAAUGGAUCGUGGAUGGUUGAGGAAUGGAAGAGGGAGGAAGAGGGUGAAUUACGUAUACUGACAAUAAUUUUUGGAGAAGAGACUCUGCUGUGGCAGGGCUUGUAGGGAACCAGUAACCUAAGGCGGGCGGAUUUGGUGAAGAAGGAAUUCCACGGAAUUGGGUGAAUCAAGUUUUGUAAGUGUGAAGUAUAUAAUACAGUAGGUUUGUUUUAUUUCCUAUUAUUUUAUUAAAUUGUUCAUGUGUGAGAACAUCUAGUACAUAAAAUAGGAUGGUACCUCAUCGGCAAAGUCCUCAUAGUAUUCGGUUUAUAAUGCAGUUUUGUAGCUUGCUUGGGAAAGCAAGAGCUUAGUGUUGGGAGAGUGUAGGGAUAAAAAUAUGUCUUGUUAGUUGAAGAAUGUUUAAUAAUCAUCUCAAUAUAUGUUAUAUGAUCUUGAAGGCUUUUAUAGUAAGUUCAGAAAUGGUAAGAUUGUUCUGCAAAUGAGAUGCCUUUUGUUGGUUGUAUGAAUUCUUUUGACAGGUUGAUGAUGCAAAUACGUUGGGCUGUCCAAACAUUCUUUAGUUAAUAGAGAUUUGAUACUUUUUUCUUGAA